AUGCUUUUCGCAAAAAAACUAAUCGUUUGAUUGAUAAUCACGAUAUGGAAGCUUAUAAGAGUUCUAAGACGACACCGGUUAAAGAAAAUUUGCCCACACAACGUGUAGAAGAACUAAUUUAUCCGGAAAGCAUGGACACACUGAGUGAGAUUGAAAUUAGCUACCAUUGUAGUGGUUAUUUUAUGUUCUCGCCUUCUAGAAAAUAUGUAAGUGGGGAUUUGAUGAAAACAAACAUGGACAUUGAUUUUAUUAGUUACUUUGAUUUAUUGGAUGAUUUAAAGAAAUACUAUAAAUUCGAUAUUUUUGAGGGAGAUAAGUUCUUUUACUUAGGAGGUGAUAGAGUUAUUAGCGAUUACGAUGGGUUAUUAGAAUGCCGUGAUGAUUUAGAUGUUAGGAAAAUGCUUGUUAGUUAUAAGACACAUAAGGAGAAGUCUAUCCAGAUUUAUACGCCCCCGAAAAAUUGUGAUAUUUUUAUGAAUACUUUUCUCGAAGAAAAUAGUUAUAGCGAAAAUGAAUCAGAAGAGGUGAACGAAGAAGUUAUGGAAGAACACGAAUCAGCAAAUUCAACAGGUAUUUUUUUAUUUUUUAUUGAUCUUUUUUAAUUCUAUCAUCAUUCUUACUUGACGUUAUCUAUUUAAUCUUCAAUUUUAGUUUUGAAUGUUGUGAAAAGAAAAACCAGAGGACCUACAAGGUGCGUAAAAAUGCAACGAGAAAAUUGAAGAAAUGAAGAAAGAAACGGAUAACAAGAUAGCAGAGUUGAGCAAGCGAUGGGAAGAAAAAUUUCAAAUGAUGCUUGCAGCUCAAG